AUGGAAACCUCUGUUUGUGAUUAAUUACCUUCUACUCCUCCUAAGUUGGCAGAAAAAUACUCCGAAUACGAUGAUAAUAACAGCGAAAGACACUACAGGUGCUCCCCUUUGGUUUUGAAGGCAUCUUCUCAUCUUAGUAUGUGCCAUUUAAAACACCUUCCUCAUAUAAACGCUAAAGCUAAUCUAGCAGAAGAAAACCUAUAUAAUAUAUGCAAGAAUAUUGACUGCGAAUUUUAAUCUAGUUUUACUUUAGAUGACAUUAAUGAAAAAAUUUCUACAACUCAUAAUACUCCUACCGAUGAAACCUACGCAAAAUUUACAUCCUCAAAUAAUCCAAAUACCAUAUUGGGUAGUUCAGAUUUUCCAAACGAAAUAAACAAUGUUUUGAAUAAUGCUCAAAGCGUUUAUAAUUCAGAAGAUAACACAACUGAGAGUUUGACAAACAUCAGCACAGGAGUGUGUUGCAAAGAAAACGGAGCAAUCUUCUGCUGUGAGGAAUUCGAAAAUCGUAUUUUUAAUUGGAUAGAAGAGAACAUUCCUAAGAUGUCUAAGCCUGAAGAGAAGAUGGAAUUGUAUUUUGAAAAGAGACGCAAUACUUUGCUAAUCAAUAGUUUGCCAAUGUAGCUUAGAAUGCAAGAGAGUAUUUAACAAAAUGAAAUACCCACUAUGGAAUUUUCUUAAGCUUCUUCUACUUCUUCUAUUCCUCCUCCAAACGGCCUUAACUAAAAUGAUUUAUUGAGUAAAAUUUCAUCCAUAUCUUCCUCUCAAGAGAGCCAGAGCAUGAAAAUUAUAGAGGGUGUGGAAAAAUUCGGCUCAAGUCUUUUUAAAAGAAGAUAAAGCUAAGUUAUGCAACCAAGUACUGGCAAUCGUUUGACAUAAAAUAAAAGGCUAUCAAUAAUGACAGUAACUCUACCAUUCAACAAAAUUGACGAAAAGAAUUGA